AUAUUUACGGCCUUCCUCCCCCUGUCCUCCAAUGGAAUCGUCUACACCUGUUGUACCCACAAUGCUAACAGACGAUCAGGGCAAAGGUCAUGCUGUGUUUUCAGUAAAUCCCGACAAGAAUUACAGAGGAUUUCUUCAAACCAGAAAGCUCGGAGCUUUGUUAAAGGUCUUGAUAGUUCAGCAGAGAUCCUAGGAAAGACAGCUGACAGCUGUUUACAAAGACCUGUGACUACACCACCUGAGUUGUGCGACUAUCACUUUGCAAUGGAGGAGUCUUAUAGCUGCCCAGACUGUACCUUCACAGCCAACAGGGACCUCGUGCUGCAGGUGCUCAGGCAUUUCUUCAACUGUACAUCCUUCAGGUGCAUCCAGGACAUCAGCUGUGGCCACAGCCUCGGUCCGUCCACACCCAGUCCACAAACACAACAAGGAAACAACAACAACAUACAAAACAACAGCUGCUAUGGUGACGUGUCAACAAAAGAAAUGACGGCUUUGCCUGUACAUUCAGAAUUUUCCACAGCAAAAGUUUACUCAGAAAAUACAGACAGGCUUUGCAGUCCACAUAGCGACUCUACUAGUAAUAUGAAUAGCAGAGCUACCAAUGAUUUUACUUUUCAGCUGGACAAUAGGUCUAAUGUCAGGGAGAAUACCAGUAUCAAAGAGGUAUCUCCAAUGGCCUUAUUGGAACAUGAGUCUGAGGAAAUGUUACAUGAACAGUUUAACACAGAUAGCAUAGAAAACAUGCAAUCAGAAACUGGUAGAACCAGUCAAGACAGUCCGGCUGUACUUUGGAGAAUUGAAAGUUACGGCUCUAUCAAGCCUCACCAUAGUGUCCUUUCUGUAACUCCCCCAUCAAGUACUAGUGGAAAUAUUACAUUACAAAAAACUGACUAUGAAUCAGCAGCACUGUCAGCUCAGAACUUGAGAACAGCAAAGCUACAUGAUCCCAUCCCUACAAACACAGCUAGAAGUGACGCACAGGUACAAGUACAGGUUAAAGUAGAACCAGACAGUGAUGAGUAUGGUGAUUAUAACACAGGGUUUCAGGAGGACAGCUCUACACAGGGAAUGUACAGACAGAGCUCCCUCCUGACAGCAGUGCCUGCUGUGCCGUCUGCUGUGGAUGACAGCUGCGGGGACAGCAUGCAGCAGCUGCACAGGGACACCAUCAACACAGAUGCUCCAACAUCUGCUGCAGGUGAAGGUGUGUCUGCCAACUCUCAGGAGCUGUGCAAUGGUCAACAGGUGCAGUGGCCACUUGCAACACCGCUGGUCAGAUGCCCCGUAUGUAGCACUCCCUGGAAGGACAGGAGAGCUCUAACCAAGCACUGUAGUCAUGACCACCCCCAGCACCCCUGCUGUACCAUAUGCUGUACCAUCUUCAACUCCAGACAAGAGCUACACAAACACCAGAAAACUGUCCACAAAGACUAGAAAUUCCAGUGUUGGGAAUGUAACAAAACGUUCGGAUACAAGAGGAACCUGCAAGUUCACAUGAAGGAGCAGCACCUGGAAGUGGGGCAGCUGUUUCCUUGUAAGGUGUGUCAGAGGGUGUACAAGAGUAGGAGAGUACUCAAGGAGCACCAAAGGAAACAUACCAACUGCAGACAGUACAUUUGUGAUAUUUGUGGAAAGUGCUUAAAGGCUAUGUCAAGCCUAAGAAGCCACUAUUUGCACAUUCACCAUAGAUACUACUAGUAAAUUUAUCUUGGUAAAUUUAUAUUUUACGCAGACAUGUAUGUAUAUGAAAUUGAUUAGUGUGCACGUUCACCAUAUAUACUACUUUUUUUUUUGUAAUUUUCUAUUUCACGCAUACAUGAAAUUGUUUCAUUUAUAUUAGAUGUGUUAAAUGAAAACAGAAAGUAAAGGCUCGUGCAGCAAAAUUGUGUGCAGCUUGUAAUCAUUCUGUUCUUGUUUCAUUGCAUGUUGAUUAGCAUAUAAUAAGGUCAUACAUAGAACUUGCCUGCAUAUAUUAACAACAAAAUUAUUCAUACAAUUGUCACUUGUUAAUUAAAAUUGAUUUUUGUUCGAUGUCAAUUGAAAAUUAUGACUAUAGAAGAAAUUUUGUGAAUAAUUCUAGACAUUCA